AUGAUAUUUAUUUUGCUCCAAAGUAUUUUUAGAUUUUUUUCUAUCUUACAAACUCCUUGUUUCCCCUUUAACUUCUAUUUUAAGGCCAAACGUCGAAAAUUAAUCGAAGAAGAAGAAAAGGCAAAAUUAGAAGGAUUGAUCUCAUCUGAUGAUUCAGACCCCGAUGCAGACUCUUACAUUUCAGCUAGACAGAGGAGAAGAGAGCAGGAACACAGACGCCUUUUGUUGAGGAAUUUAAUUCAUUCAAAAGUAACAGAAGCACAAGCAGAUAAGGAUUUACAAAGAGAAACAGAAGAAUUUUUGGCUGCAAAACGAAGAAAAAAGGAAGAGGAGAAGAAAUUGGAAGAGUCUAAGAAAAGUUUGCUGGAGAAGCAUAAUGAAUUACUUCAACAAGAACAAGGUUAUCUUCUUGGUUUUUUGGGUGUUUUUUAG